GGCAGGGGUUAGGGUUGGGACUGGGACUCCAGUGAGGAUGCUGUCUAUGGUGAUACUAGGUGUGUUCCUGUCCCUGCUCAUCCUGCUGACAGUGUGUGGUAACGUCCUGGUUUGUCUGGCCGUCUGCGCCACGCGACGUCUCCGUUGCCUCACCAACUGUUUCAUCGUCUCCCUCGCCAUCACUGACCUGCUGCUUGGCAUGCUUGUCCUGCCCUUCUCCGCCCUCCUCCAGCUCAGCAAUUGGCCGCUGGGGCCGACCAUCUGCAACAUCUACAUCUCAUUGGAUGUUAUGUUAUGCACCGCCUCCAUCCUCACCCUAUUGGCCAUCAGCCUGGACCGCUACCUGGCCGUGACCGCGCCCCUUAGAUACUCCUCACUGGUGUUGCCGAGGCGAGUUGCCUUGGCUAUGGCGUUGGUGUGGGCGGUGUCGCUAGCGGUGUCAUUCCUGCCAAUCCACCUGGGCUGGAACACUGUGGACGGCAGCGUCCAGAAUCGCGACCAGGGGGACAACAAGACAGAGUGUAACUUUGAGCUGAACCCGUCGUAUGCUGUGGUGGACGCCUCCUUAACCUUCUACCUCCCCCUGCUGAUCAUGUGCUGGACCUACCACCGUAUUCUCCGCAUCGCCCGGGCGCAGGCCAGGCGCAUCAUCCAUGCACGCCCCAGCCUUAACAACAACAACAGCCCCUCGUCAGCCCCUCGUCAUCUCACCUCAGUAACAGCGGUGGCUCUACGGGAACACAAAGCCACAGUGACUCUAGCAGCAGUGAUCGGGGUGUUCGUGGUGUGCUGGCUGCCCUACUUCACCCUGUUUACCAUUAUGGGUCUGAAGGAGCAGAACUACCCAGCAGCCUACCCCGUGGUGCAGUGGCUGGGGUACAUCAACUCAGCUCUGAACCCUUUGCUCUAUGCUGCCCUAAACAGAGACUUUAGGUCCGCCUAUGCCCGCCUGCUGCACUGUGGUUACUACAGAUACGGCAGGGGGAGGGGCCGGCCAUCAUCCUCCAACGCAUUCAUGACAGGUAUAAGGAACAAGGGAAAUGACAACGUACACUGUGAGGGAACAUACACAAUAACUCAUAACUCCAAAAUCAUUUUUCUUCUGGUGUCUAGCAAGUUAGGUCAAUGGUGAGACUAUGUGGACAGAAUAGGCUAUUAUUGUCUUCUGGUCUUGUAUCCUUCUCAGGUGGGGGGAAAGUAUGUGGAGGGGAGGUGGCUCUUCUGUGUGGACACACCUCUUCCUGCAGGGCAGGGCCAGGUGAGACAGGUAUGAUGAUGAUGCUACAGGAAGUCAGCAGCGGAACGGCCACGCCCUCUCCUCAGCACAGCAACAGGGCCGCUGUCGCCAACGGCAACGACAGGUAAGGGGAGAUCACUACUGAGCUAAAAAAAAGUACAAAAUGAUCUGUAGAAUAGUCUGUAUUAUAACACAGUUGAUACCUUGUACCAUUAUGUGUCCUGUGUGUCAGAUCCUGCUGACCCUGUGUCUAUCUGUGAGGAGGAUUCAGUGUCCCACCAGUCGUGAACGCUGAGCCCAGCCAGCCUGACCCACACACCUAGCCCAGGGGUCAAUCACAUUAUUGACAGGUAAGACACACCCUGAAGUUAUUCAUGAGUUCAUAUGAAGGCCAUUGAUGAAAGCCGAAACUUUUUAAUGGUGUGAAAACGUUGUGUCAUUUCCUUUACAAUUAGUUCAUAAAAGGUUCAUAAAAGUGAUCCACUUCUCUAUGUUCUCCUCCAGGACACUGGGACUAUUUGGCUAUCUCCAGAAAGGAGCGCAGGCUACGCAUGUGAAGGAACUCAUCCAAAAUAUCACAGGCAACCCAGAACAAGGAUACCGAGGACCUUCAACCAAAACACUAGAAUGAGAUUCUAUUUCUAUCCGUUCAACCAAUGAGCAGUGACUGGGGAAAGCCACGAGUCACUUUGUUCUCGAACACUGAUACCUGGAAAGAAAUGUCACGGGAUGGACAGACAGACAGAAAGACUAAAACUCUCUUGCCAGGCUGGUGGUGAACUUUAACCACAGGUGUUAUUCAUAUGAACCUGACUUUGAGCUUCCAAUGUAGAAGAUACUUUGCCCUCAAGCAAUGGAAUAUGAUAUCACAAUCUGACAAGGAGACUAGACGCUUAGCAAUUAUUUAGUUUAUAUCAAAAUAAUCAGUGUUCUGAGAGAAAAAUAAAUACAAU